AUGCCACCAACAACACCUAUCAAGCUCGACCCCAAAACACUUGCAUUGUUUAGUCAACGGUUACUGAAUUGCCCUCGCUACAAAUUCGGCUACAAGGAACAAGUCCGUGAUGCCGCUGUCCUGAUGCCUCUUUGUCAAGUCAAUGGUGAAGCAAGUGUACUGUUCACUGUACGCAACAUGAACAUGCGAACCCAUCGUGGUGAAAUCAGUUUUCCUGGUGGCAAGGCUGAUCCACAUGACCCAUCACUGCAACAUACAGCAUUAAGGGAAACUAUGGAAGAAGUCGGCAUUGCUCCCUCAUCAAUUGAUAUCCUUGGCAACUACUCGACAUUACCGAACAAAACGGGAUCUCUUCGGGUGCAUCCAUUCCUAGGCUAUAUCAAAGACCCCAUCUCCUCCAUCAAGGAUCUCAACUACAACAAGGAUGAAGUAUCCACCGUCUUUUCCUUACCGAUCGAUUAUUUGACACGACGUGAUAUCCGGGAAGUACGGCAGUUUAGACACACUCAAGUGAAAUACCCCGUGUUCAAGGUCCCAGCAGAGAUUGAACGAGAGAUUGAAGGAGAAAACGAGAUUUGGGGCCUGACGUCCUUUAUAUUAGAUGGUAUCUUUCGAAAAAUUAUUCCUGAUCGCUACCCAUAA